AUGCAUCCAUUUCCACCGAUUUUCUUAUUUGCAACUGCACAUGCCGUUGUUCCACUUACAGGUGUUACUCUUGUUCCUUUAUUGACUAAACAUGUGUCAACUGGAUUGGGACUUUAUAAAAGUGUGGAUAAUAUUGGUGCUACUUUAUCACAAACAUUUGCAGGAUUAUUGCUUGAUGCUCAUUUAAAGAAACCGAAUUAUUUAUGA